AUGGGUCUGCUCCUGAAGAUUUUCAUCCCCUUGCUGGGACUGGCGCUGGCCUUUUAUUUUUAUUCAGCACCCGAGAAUUUCAGUGAAGAGAUGCUCCGGGGAAAACGUGUUAUUGUGACCGGAGCCAGCAGCGGCAUCGGGGAGCAGAUGGCGUAUCACCUGGCACGCAUGGAGGCCCACCUACUGAUCACAGCGCGGACGGAGGCCAAGCUGCAGAAAGUUGUGGAGCGGUGCCUCGAGCUGGGUGCCGCCUCCGCCCGCUAUGUGAGCGGCUCCAUGGAGGACACCACGUUCCCAGAGGUGGUGGUGAAGGAGGCUGAGAACACCUGGGGAGGCCUGGAUAUGCUCAUCCUAAAUCACAUCGGUUACAGCUACGUCAACUACUUCGAUGGCGACGUUGGGCACGUACGAAAGCUCCUGGAGGUCAACUUCCUCAGUUACGUGGCGAUGACCAUGUCUGCCCUGCCCAUGCUGAAGGAGAGCGAGGGCAGCAUUGUUGUCGUUUCAUCCGUGGCAGGUAAAGUUGCUCCCCCAUUUGUUGCUCCCUAUUGUGCAACUAAGUUCGCCUUAGAUGGAUUCUUCAGCUCCCUGCGACAAGAAUUCAUUGUAGACCAGGUCAACGUCUCCAUCACACUCUGCAUCCUGGGCUACAUCAACACAGAGAGCGCCGUGCGAGCGAUCUCGCAUGUCAUCCAGGACACGCCAGCGCCGAAGGAGGAGUGCGCGCUGGAGAUCAUCAAGAGCGGGGCGCUGCGGCAGCGGGAGCUGCACUACCCAUCCCUGGCGACAGGCAGCCUGCUCUUCCUCCGGGCCAUAGCCCCCGACUUCCUCGACUCCUUAAUCAGGAGCAGCUACAAGGUGGAAAACAUCAGAAGAACAUAG